CCCGACUUCUGAAAAUAAGCAGGACACCAGCGACUCAUGAUUUGUGACUACACGCAAGCCCGUCUGUUUUAUCGCUCAACAGUUUUUGUUUUUGGCGUGAACCACUUGUAUUGGCCGUAUUCAUCUGCAUCCUAGUCGUUGUUCCAAAAUCAUAAUUAUGGUUCGCUUCGCCGUCGAGGGGUGCGUUCAUGGGGAACUGGACCAGAUAUAUGAGACCAUCCAGGAGCUCGAACACCAGUUGGGCGACAAAAUCGACGCCCUCCUCUGUUGUGGCGACUUCCAGUCCGUGCGAAAUGAAGACGACCUCAAUAAUCUUGCCUGCCCGCCCAAGUACCGGCAAAUGCACGACUUUUCGGCGUAUUGGAAAGGCGAGAAGAAGGCCCCACUAUUGACCAUCUUCGUAUUCAUUCACAUUUUGAACAAAGAAUUUCGUCUUUCUGUUCAUAUUCAUUACUGAAUAAGUACGAAUUUCAUUGUCCCGCGCAUCUUUUCAUUCUUCACAUCCUUUCGAUAUUACCACAAAGUACCUAGAUGUGGGUGGAUCGACAAAUAAACUAUGAAUAAUCACCAACCAGAUCGGUGGCAACCACGAGGCGUCAAAUUUUCUACUUGAUUUAUACUACGGGGGAUGGGUGGCGGAGAACAUCUACUACCUGGGCGUUGCAGGCGUGAUCGACGUGAAGGGGGUCCGCAUCGCGGGUCUUUCCGGGAUCUGGAACCGGCACCACGUGCUCAUGGGCCACCACGAACGCAUGGCGGUCGACCGGUCCGGCAAGGUGGUGCUGGAUGACAGCACCAUGCGGUCGGCCUACCACAUCCGCACCUUUGAGUGCGAGAAGCUGAAGCUGCUGCCCCAGCUGCCCAACCCGAAGCGGGUGGACGUGUUCCUCAGUCACGACUGGCCGCGGGACAUCUGGAAGAGCGGCGACGUGCACGCGCUGUGGAAGCGGAAGGACAAGACGGGGCAGAUGCGGCACGACAUGACGGCGGGCACCUUCGGCAAUCCUUUGUCUCAGGAGGUGCUGGACGUCGUCAAGCCCCGCUUCUGGUUCGCCGCGCAUCACCACGUCAAGUUUCCCGCCCUGGUCAAGCACGACGAUGGAACCUGCACCCGCUUCCUGGGUCUCGACAAGUGCCUCCCCGGCCGCGACUUUUUGCAGCUGCUCGAGGUCACGCCCGAACACGAGCUCAAUGCAGCAAAGCAGGCGGCGGAAGAAGAUCGACAGGUCGUGGAGAAGACACAGCAGCCAGGUGCUGGCGACGAGCGCGAUAUUAAAGCGGCGGAAGUGGAGGACCAAGCAGGGCCUCCGGAAGCCCGCGGCCUCCAAAAUGAAAACGAAAAUAACGGCGGUACUCAUCUUCACAAUAUGACGGACGCCAGGGGAGCGUCUCUGGACUCGGUUGCACUCAUGAGGCGCAAUAUCCUGAUUAAAAACGUCCCCACACCAGAGUCAAGAUGGGAAACCUGCUAGACAAAUCAGCCAGUCUUGGUUGUCUGGCAUGACAAGUUUAUCCUCGUAGUGUAAUGCUGUUUAGCUAGUUCAGAAGCAUCACAGAUCUAGCAUGGCAUGCUGAUUUUAGCAUCACAAAUUCCAAAACACGAAUGGAAAAUGCUUCUCAUAGGGCUCCGCGUGAGAAACUUUUUUGGCAUGCAGAAUUGCAUGACAACUCUGGUGUGGGUACGUUUUUACUCAGGAUACGCAAAUUUUUCUCCUCAUCGGGCUCCACCUCAAGCUAUCCCACGAAAAAAGUGUUACAGUUACACAUUUGUAGUCGAUUCAGCAACACAAAUUUCUCUGCAUGAGAGAGAAAACUUGUAAUGCAGAAAUCCUACGGGAAAACACCUAUGAAACGAGGCUCCUAUGCAUAUCCGCCAUGACAGAGCUUGUCUGUCUUGCUUGGCCUGCAACACAAUGUGUAACUGUAACACUUUUUUCUCACGAUGCGAGCGCUGUCGGCUUUAUUGGGGGCACCGUCGGUUCGAGCAGCAGCUCCUGGUGUGCGCCGGUAGAGCAGGGCGCAGUACUAUCUUCGCAAGAAGUAGACCAGAGAACUGAAAAUAAUGACGAGAGGAACAUGAAAAGUCCCUACCUGUACCCUUGCUACGUUCCAGAGUGGCUCGCGAUUCAGCGUAUGAACAUCGAGAAAACGGUAUCCUGAGUAAAAACGUACCCACACCAGAGUUGUAAUGCAAAUCUGCAUGCUGAAAAUGUUUCUCUUGCGGAGCUCCAUGAGAAGCAUUUUCUAGUCAUGUUUUGCAAUUUGUCAUGCUCCAGUCAGCAUGGUAUGCUAGAUCUGUGAUGCUGCUGAGCUAGCUCAAACAGCACUACACUACGAAUCCAAAUUUGUCAUGCAAAACAGCCAAAACUUGUGGAUUUGUCUAGCCGAUUCCCCAUCUUGACUCUGGUGUGGGUACGUUUUUACUCAGGAUAAACGGACCGCGGUAACCACAAUAGGCCUGUGCCUCCCCUGACGCUACCCACCGCAGUAGAGAUCGAGACCAUGAACAAACGCAUUCACGUAUCCUGAGUAAAAACGUACCCACACCAGAGUCAGGAUGAGGAUUUUGCAACACAAACCUAGGAGUUUUGUGAGUCACGCAUGACAAGUUGCACUAUGCAGUGUAGUGCAGGUUAGCAAGUGCAGCCGCGUCACAGAUUCACCUGCUCAUCCCGUUCACAGCAUCACAAAUUCCAAAACACGAUUCGAAAUAGCUCUCAUGGGGAUGCGCAUUACAAGUCUUCCUGUCUUUGCAAAUCUGCAUUACAACUCUGGUGUGGGUACGUUUUUACUCAGGAUAUCACGACGCUUGUCGAAAAGGAGAUGAUAAAGCCAUGUCGAGCCCUCGUCAACACAUCAGCACCAGCAGCGACCGACACGACGACGACGACGACGAGGACGACGCCGACGCGCGCCGCAUCUGGUUUGACCAAAGUAACGUGCUGAACCUGGAUUAUGGAAACUUGCAGCGAAGGGAAAUCAGCGACAUAAUGAACGUGUCAGACAUUUGGGACGUGCUCCGCCAGCCACGCCGCCUCGAGGAUUCAUCGAGCGCGAACAUCAGUGAGAACCAGAACAUAGCUGGCCUUGCCAGUGCUGCUGCUCCGGCGAAGGCCGCUGCAGCAGAUUUAUCUACCCCCGGCACCAACCCUGUCGGCGCAGCCGGCGAUCUGCUCCCACGACCCGCGACAGGAGGAGGUGGCGGUGAUGAAGACAUUGAGUUAGCUUCUCUAGAUGACGAAGAUGACGACGACGCAGGAGCCUCCUCCGAUGCUGUAGCUGCAGCUUAUUCAGUGCAAAAGUAUCGCUUUAGUACUUGUUCUGAUUGCAACGGAAAUGAUUUUCUCAGAAGGGAAAGGCAAAACGGAACUCAUCCUGCAGAAUCAGGUACUCACGAAGAAACGCCUUGCAUGCACGAUUGCAAUCAGUACGAGGGCGAUACUUUUGCAGAGCAUACAGUUGGUCCGCCAGCAAAAGUGACCAGGACAUCAUGA